AUGGCUGAAGUCAUUCUGGGCCUCAGCGUUGCCUCAUCAGUCGCUCAGUUAAUACAGUUCUCCCAGAAAAUCGUCAGCCAGCUCAGAGAACUACGCGCAGGAGAUGUGCCCGCUGCCUUCUUAGACAUCCGGAUGCGCUUGCCCCUAAUACUCAACAUCAUCAGUCGAAUUCACGAUGCGCAACUCAGCCCAGGAGACAAAGAAACAUUCACCAUUGUCGUCGAACGUUCCUUGAAGCAGGUCCAUCAACUUACCGUGAUCCUGGACAAAUUAACUAUUGCCAAGGGAGAUUCGGCUUUGAGAAAGGGACUAAAAGUUGCUUUUGGAUUAGUGGAGGAGAGUCGGAUUCAGAAUAUCGCCUCUUCGCUUAAAGAUAACGUACAGCUGUUGACAUGUAUCAACAUUGCUCCAGCUGAGAAGGAGAAACCACUUCCUGCGGAAAGACGUUCGUCGGAAGCACCACCUCUUUACGGGGAUUCAACAGGAGUCUUCUCAGUGCCAUUUAUACGAGACUCGCAGUUCGUUGGUCGUGAGAAGGUCAUACGCUCGAUCGAUGAGGCUUUUGAGAAACAAACUAGAGUUGCUGUUGCUGGCAUUGGUGGAGUAGGCAAGUCACAAGUUGCCAUCGAAUAUUGCUAUCAAUUCAAAGACAACGACCCCAGCGCUCAUGUCUUUUGGGUCUAUGGCGGAAAUUUUGCAAGAUUCUACCAAGGCUAUAGAAGAAUCGCUCAAACUGUAGCGCUUCCAGGAUGGGACGACCCCGAGACUAAUAUUCUUGAUCUUGUAUCGAGUUGGUUUUCCACGACUUCUACUAAGUUUUUGAUGGUCCUUGAUAACGCGGAUAACAUAAUGCAUUACUGGCCCGAAAAAUACGGAGCUAUCGAUGAAGGAGAUGGAUCAUCAACAAAUAUGUCAAAACACUUACCGGAGAUCAGGCAGGAUCACUUCUUACUGAUUACCACUCGCGAUACCCGUGUUGCUACGCGCUUGGCAAAUAAGGGAAAGCCCAUCACCUUGCAAGCAAUGUCAAAAGAAGAAGCUACGAAGCUGUUCCUCUCCAAAGUUGAUGGCGACCCACAUGAUUACGAUAAAAAGGAGAUAGACAAUCUCCUCCACGAGCUGGAUUAUCUACCCUUAGCUAUUUCGCAAGCCGCGGCUUUCAUCGAGGAAAACGGAAUCUCCAUCUCUGAAUACCUGGAGGCACUUAGGGGGGAUGAUGCCGAGGAGUUUCUGCAUGAAGAGCUAAACGAUUCGAGGCGAGACGAGCAAAGCAUCAACUCUGUAUUUCGAACGUGGAAGUUAUCCUUCGACUUGAUUUCUCAACAAAAGCCGAGAGCCGCUGAACUACUUUCUUUACUUGCGAUGUUAGACAGACAAAGUAUUCCCCGGUCUUUGCUUAAGGCUGGUGGGGUACCCGAAGUCGUGACUUCGCUAGGUACCUUACAGGCAUUCAAUCUCAUUACCGCGCGAGCGGGUUCUCAGUCGUUUGGUAUGCAUCGACUUGUACAGCGGUUCGUUCAAAUAUCACUGAAUCGCUCGGGCACAGCACAGAAAUGGAAGGACAGAGCCCUUCACUGCGUGUCGAUGACCUACCCAACAGAGAUAGGAGUGGCAGAAUGGCCACUUUGCGAUACUCUGGCUCCUCAUGUUCAGAUUGUGACAAGAUACAAGUAUCCGUCUGUGGAAGCUCGACUAGACUUGGCACAUCUAAUAUGUUGGGCAGCAGACUUUGACGUCGAGCGUGGGAAGUGUGAUCAAGCCCUCCGUGGGGCCCAUCACAGUCUCUCGAUAUUUCAAGAGUUAGUGCCGCCGAAUGAUGAUAGACUUGCUGCUGCAACAUGGCUUUACGGUCGAUUGCAGUACUAUGAAGCUAAAUCUGAAGACGAUAUACGCGCCGCUACAGUCACACUCAAAAAGGCUAUAGCAAAUGCCCACUAUCCCAGCCUACACUAUGCCGAAUCUGCUUUCGAAUUGGCACACUUGUACUAUGACCAACGCAACGAAAAGGAAAGCCUCGCCAUGGGAAAAGCAAGCUUUGAAUGUUGGAAAGAAAUGGAAGGGACGCGAAGUAUCCGCACUUUAGACAACAUGGAGGACUACGCCGUAGAACUUGCUAUGUUUGGACACGUCGACGAAGCGAUUUCGCACUGGCAGAAGAUCAUCGAUCUUAGUCCUAGCACCGACGCAUCGGAAAACACGAAAACGAUAUAUAUGUACAGGAGUAGCGCGUCGAUAUCCGAGUUCCAGGGCGACGCAAGUAUGGCGGAGAUUCUGUAUAAGAAGCUCAUUGAGCUCGGCGAGGAAUUAUAUAACCCGGAACAUGUGCAUGUCUUGGAGUAUCGACUUUGCCAUGCGGAGCAGGUAAUGCGGCAAGGCAGGUUACAAGAAGCGAUUGACCUUGCGAAAGCUAUACUUGGUGUUUGUAAGAAUCAGUCAGGAUGGCAGAUCACGGCGAGUGGUUUGCAGCUUAUUGCCGAAUGCAACAGGCUGAAAGGUGAUUUUGCGCACGCGAAGACGUAUCACUAUAGGCUCCUCGAACUACUUACCAAUAUGCUGGGGAGAGGACACCAGGAGACUGUUGAUGCGUUAGAGGCAUAUGCAGUUUGUCUCGUGCUGAAUCGUCAGCCUAAGAAAGCGGGGCCGUUAUUUCAGGAGAUUUCGAAUGCGAGAGAGGGUUUCCUGGAUCCGGUGCAUGCAGAUACUUUGCGUGCGCUGGAGUGGCAUGGAAUUUGUCUUUCGCGGCAAGAAAGGGAUGCGGAGGCUGAAACGAAGUUUCUGGAGAUAAUCAACCGCGAAGAGAAAGUGAGUCCGCGUGUACUCGAGAAUCUAUGUAUGACGCUCUGGAAUCAACAAAAAUGGAGUGAGCUUGAAGCCAGGUGUCGGCAGGCACUCGAUUUGGACGGAUAUGACCACACAAGUGCCCGAAAGAUGUUGAGUCAUGCCCUGGAGCAGCAGGGUAAGAUUGAUGAAGCGCUGGAAUGCGAAUGUAAACACAAGACCUAUGCCUCCGACUUCGGUCCGCUUCCCGGAGCAGCUUCUCCGGAGCUUUACCCCACAACGCGUCGACGAAGCGCGCCCAGGCCAUUGACGACCAUGUUAAUUCCAGAUGUCACUGCCAUUAGGACCGCAGGCAAAGGCAACAAGGGAAUACCUCCGACGAUGGAAAGUUGGUCAUCAGGAAGGGAGGAGUUAUUCACAGAGUUGACGAGGAUUUGCAAUCGCGUUGAAUCGGGCAUUGUCAAAGAGCUUGAUAAGGAAAACUACACGCGAAUUUCAAGAACAGAGUUGAAUGCACUGGAAGAGAAAGCCGCCCGAGUGGACCAGCUGUUACAGAAGAACUCGCAACUCUCUAGCGAACUAAAGGAAUUGCAGGAGUCCAGGAAACAUUGGGAUGCGGUCGAGAAAGAAAAUGAGCGGCUGGCGGUAGAGCUUUCGAGAUUGGAGAAGAGCCUUCAAGACAAGAAUUUGCGCGAGGCACUUGAUGUGGAAUCGAAUGAGCGAACACGAAACACGACCCCGGUCUCCAGCGAUUCUUCUAUAGUUGGCAAGAUCAAAGACGGCGAAUAUAAUGUGGUCAAGUGGAACAAGCUGGUCGACAAAUACAACAUCUUGUGUAAUGCACGCAAUGAAGCUGUUUCAUCCAAACAGACUUUGGAGGAGAUUUUCCGGAAGAAGAAAUUAGAGCAUGAGAAGAGAAUAGGGACGUUGACGAAGCACGUUGCCGACAGGGACGGUAUAAUUCAGAAAAAGAGGGAGACGAUACGGAAAUUAAAGGCUCAGCUUGGGGAAGUAAAUCAUGAAGGUGGUGAUGACGAGGAAGUAGGUAACGCAUCGCAGAUUUGUACAGAUGUGUUGCCGCAAGAGGGUUUGCAAGACAUCAGCUUGCCGAACAAGGAAAUUCAAAUACCAGUUAGCCCUUCGAAGAAUGGGCCGACGGAUGAGGCUGAGGAAGCAGAUCAUCCAGGUAUACUUCCCAUAUCAUCAUCUCGACUUCCAGAUGAUCAUGGCAUUGGGCUGUUGGGUCAGUCUCAAGAGCUACCGAAUCUCCUGGGUGAGGGUCGAUUCCAUGUCGAAGAUACACAAUUUGAACCUCUGGGGCCUCUUCCGUCAAGCUCUUCGACGGAAGAUGACGACUCUCCGACACUGCACCGUCGUGGCCAAAAUAUGCCCUCAGAGGUACCCCCUGACAUACCGGAUUCUCCAGAUAGCCCGGUGGUCGUAUCAUCUCGUAGUGUUAAGAAGCGAAAACGGCGUGAUGAAGAUGACGUUUCGACGCCUCCAGUGAAAAUUAAGGUUGAAGCAAUUACCAGUAGUCCGUCAGAAGUUGCACCGAUGCGCCGCUUGGAGCAUAUCGAAAGUUUUGAUCUUGAUGAAAUAGGGCAGAAGGUAGACACCCCGAAGAAACACCGUCAACGGGAUAUCAUCAGACAGACGUCAAACCUUUCUUGGGGAUCUCAAGGCAGCGGUACGACUGCGAACCAUGCCCUUCGUUCUUCUUUAACUAGCACUCCUGUUCCACGAGCCGUGCCAAUUCAACAACUACAUGCCGAAAACCCCCAAAUUGCCUCGCCUCUAAGGGUAAUAGACAACAAUCAGAGAAUUUUGCCACGGACAUCGAAUAAUCUGACACCUAAACCUAGACGUCUGGCCAGCGAUAACGCAGUGGGUGCGCUAUCUGAAGAUGGCACCAUAUACUUACAAUCUGAAAAUCCGCAACCUGAAAUAGAUGCCACUGCUCGUCUGGAUAACCUUCUGGCCAAACCAUCUCCCCCGAAGACCAUUCUUAGUCCAGCUCGACGAAAUUUAGGCAGGCAGUCUGGUAGCAACACACGGUCAACGCCGUUCAGAUCAACUUAUGAGAAGAUGUACAUACCUACCCUAGAACCUGGUAGACCUAUACCGGCUAAUAUCAGAGAUAUCAGAAACAUCAGAAACUCGAUGGAGCAGCCUGGGCCGAGAAGCGCAUCUCCAAGCACGGAACCUUCCCAUCGACCGCAAUCUGCGCGUAGAACAAGAGCAAUAGACAUUCCCGAGUUUCCAAUCAUCAAAUCUGAACCUACAAGUGGUGCAGGGCAAGCAAAUGAUACUCCAGUCGCAGGACACCGAACAAUAGCUACCCCCAGAACCAAACCGGGAGAAACUAGGAACCAUACGCCGGCUACAGCUCUUCGUUCUACUAGACGAUUGCCUACUACCUCGACUAGGAAGCAGCGUAAUAUGAGAGCAGAGGAUGACGAGAUGAAUCCGGAACACGAGCCAUUGAGGAUACGCCCAAUUGAGACCCUUACAAUUGGCGAUUUUAAAGUCAAUCCAAAUGCAAAUCAAGGCAUUGCCUACGCGUUCAAAGACGUUGUACGCGGUCGUGAUCAACGGCGAUGUUUACAAGGAUGUGUGAAACCAGAGUGUUGUGGGAAUGAUCUACGAAAUCUCGUCUUGAUGAUGAGAGACAAUCCCAGAAGAGACCAAGAUGUUGAGGAUCAGCGAAUUCUAGAAGAAUUCAUGGGUGACAAUGCUUAUAGAAUUCGAGGCAUGAACCCCGCGCAGCGAGAAGAAACAAUCAUACAAGCAAUGACUCGCGAGUUGGCUAACAAGUAUGGAAGACAUCGCCACGCAUAUCAGAGAAAACAAAGCCCACCAGGGUUUUGGGAUACCGAUUUCCCGCUUACCCAAGAGCAACAAGAGCUUCGAAGAAUGGAGCAGGAAAAGAAGCAGGAGGCUGUUCGAACGAGGUAUGAAGAGGCGAUGCGACCAGGCGGCGCAUACAUCUUCAGAGACGAGCAAUAG